UGUGACAGAAUCCCCAAAUAAUUCUCCAAAUAAAGUUAACUUACAAGACAGCGCAAUGCAAAGUACAGCAAUCAGUCCAUUCCAGGCUGCUGGGGACGAUGUGAAAAUGGAAGAAACUACUACCCCUUCUCCUAAACAUAUUACAGAUACCGAACUUAAUGUAUUGCAAAGUUGUCUGCGUAGGUGGAGAACAGAAGUAGAAAGUGAUGUCAGAGCAUUACAGGAUCACAUACAUAAAAUAAGACAAACCAUUGAUGACAUGUAUGAAGAAGAAGAUUUGAGAAAAUGUCCAUAUUUACUGCAUGCAGUAUUGGUACAUGAAGGACAAGCCUCAGCUGGUCAUUACUGGGCUUACAUAAGAAAUCACAUACAUGAAAAGUGGCUUAAGUUUAAUGAUAUCUCAGUGGUGGAUGUAAGCUGGGAGGAAUUACAGCGAGAGUCUGCUGGUGGAUCUGGUAAUGCAAGUGCUUAUUGCCUUAUGUAUGUAGAUGGCAAUAACACAGAACUAUUCGCAACUCAAGAUGGUGAAACAGGACAUACUCUCUUAUCACUAGAUUCCUUGGCAUUAGAUCUCAAACAACUUGUCUUAGAGGAUAAUCAGAAAUUCAUGAAAGAAAUGGAAGAAUGGGAUGAAGAUCAACUCCGGAAAGCUGCUGGUAUUGGAUAUGAAGAAGUGACAGUGGCAAGUGAACAGAGAGCUACCACCACAUCAAUAGUCUUGAAACAACCUCGACAGUCACAGUGUAGGGAAAGAGAAUUAAAAAAAGACAAGGAAACUCUUCCUGUCAAACACAGAGAUACAGAGUAUGAACCAUUAAGAAGAAAUAAAGAACAAUAUGAUGGCCAAGAGCAAUUCACGGUGAAGUCAUCACGAGAUGUGAAAAAACUUGAUUUGUCACUACCAGAAAUGCAACCAAUUAUAACUGAACGCCGGAGAGUUAGAGAAGACCAAUUCGACAAAGUCUCUCACCCUGCCAAUUAUAGAGCUCAGACGGGUACAAUUGCAACAGUAAGCCAGUCACAGAUUGUUCCAUCGUCCCCAGCUGGCACUGUAGAAGCACCGCCAAUGAGUCCACCAGCAUCAAGUGUGGGAUUAGAAACAGAACAUAAUAAACUUACAUUUGAAAGAAGUACAUUGGCUUUAGAGAGAGUCAAAAGUAUUUAUCACAAAUCAGGAGCAGAAGAGGCUCUGAAGCAGGCUUAUGAGGAUGAGUUCCAAAUGUUACAAAAACUUGCUGACUCUUUUGACAGUUUGUCACCAAAGCAAGAUUUAAGAUUGAAAAGUGGUGUUAUUUACUUCCUUAAGAAUACCACGCCUGCUUUUGUUAUAGAAAGGACUAUUUAUGAACAAUUCUCAUAUAAAGGAUUAUGUUUUGAUAAUAGGUAAGACUACAGUAAGAA